AUGGAUUUAGAGAUCAUAGAAGAAGAAACCGAAUUUCCAUUUCCACUAUAUAAAAAAUAUUUCAAGCUUAUAGAUGAUACAGAUGAUAAAGUCAACUUAAAGGCGAAAUGCCUAUUAUAUUAUCAGAGAGAACAUGUUAAUCAAUAUUCAAAAAUUGAAAAUCAUAUCAAUAGUUAUAAUAAAAAAGAUAUUAGCCAAAAUAUAAAGUCUUCUGAGAAAAAACAGUCAAUUAUAAAUUUUAGUCAAAAAAUAUAUGAACCUACAAAAACUGAAGGAGAUAAUGCAAUCAUUGAUUAUGUCAUUGAGACACUAGUUCCUUUAUCAACUGUAGACAAUCCUAACUUUGUCAAAAUGAUAAAAGCGUUUUCCCCUUCAGCAAAGGUAAUGUGCCGCCAAACACUAAUAGCAAAGAUAGGUUUGCGUUAUGAUAAAAUGAUGGAUGAUAUUAUAGAAAUGCUUUCUGGAGUAUCUUAUGUGUGUACCACAGCUAAUUGCUGGAGUGGAUUUAGAAGGUCUUUUUUGGGUGUAACAGCUCAUUGGAUUGACACAAAAUCAUUGCAAAGAAAAUCAGCAGCUUUAGCCCUAAGACGUGUUCAAGGCAACCAUACUUUUGAUGUUUUGGUCAAGAUGAUAAUUGAUAUAUAUAAAAGCUUUAAAAUUCAGAAUAAAGUGAUAAAAACCAUUACUGAUAAUGGUAGGAACCUUGUGAAAGCAUUCAGAAUGUUUGAAGAUAAAAGUUCUGAGAUGGAUGAUGAUUUCCAAUUUCUGGAUAAUGAUAAUAUCCUAAAUAAUAGGGCAGAAAGCUCAACAUUCACGAUGUACAUGCCACAAUCUCAAUUUGGUGGCAACAGUUGA